AUGAUAUUGCAAAAGCCCCUAUAUUUCAAUAUAGCUUUGGCUUUCUGGACACUAUGGUUGCAAAUACCGCUGUUCGUAAACGGCAUGGGCGCUGGGCCAAAUUUUACGGACCCUGUUUUUGGUAAACAGCGCAGCAACGACGACGUCCUGACACGUGCUUUGACCCAAUACACCAGAUACAACGGGCUUGUACUCGCGCAGCAGCGUCAAAGGAACCUCCAAAGCAGCUCCCUCGCUGAAGGCCUCAUCCAUGACCCCAACAAGCGCACCAGCCCACCGCUGACCGUGGCCAGCACCGGCAAAAGCGAGCGGAAUGUAGUGGCGCUUGAUCCCUACCCCAACAGAACCGGCCCGGCGCAGCCUAAGCCGGGGAUUGAGGUGGACCCAGCAGGCGGCAGGCACCUCGGGGGUUCUCUGUCUGGGGAGCUGCUGCCGGCUCACCAUGCGAAGCGCUCCCUUGUUGCUUCCUUCUCCAAUCCGGCGGUCAUACAUGUUCUGUGGAGCCAUUGGAACCACUGCCAGGGUUACGCUUGCGGCGGCCUGUACGUGAACAUGAUACGACAGGCCUUGGAAAGAGCCCCCAAGGACGCCAGAGGCAUCAUUACCUUCGGAGGCUAUUCCAGUGGGGCCGCACGGGAUUCGUUAGAAGGCUGGGUUGCAGCCGCGGGAUACAGCCCCUCAAUCAUCACCUACGUAAGAAAGCCUGCAGACGUGGCGGCGUACUACAACCUCAGUUCGUACAAGCUGCUGUACAUUCCCUCUGACUCCGGCCAGACAACCGGCGGUAUCGAUGCGACCAUGAACUUGGCCCUUAUUGGCAUCAAAGACAGGAUAUUCGACUUUGUGAACGAGGGAGGUUCCAUGGUCGUAUUGACCCAGGGGUCACAGAGUAAGCCGUACGGCUUCUUGCCGAUGCCCAUGAUCUUCACCGCCACGGAUUUUAUCGAUGUCACCGUCACAAACGAAAUGAAGCUUUACUCGCCUGAUUCCACUUCAGAUAAUUUGGAUCAUUACGCCUGGCACGGCUAUUUCACGGGACCUGUAGACUGGAACGGAAUGCGCGUGGUGGCUUACCAGGCGGGAUUCUGCCCCGUCUUGUCGGGUCCCAAGCAGGACUGCCGUGCGACCGCCAUCCCUUCGCUUACCAUUGCCAUUGCCUCUUUCAGGCCCUCUACCUCCUACCCUAAGCCCAUCACCGCUGACAACCCUGCCGCCGCCGCCGACACCACCCUCGCCGCCGCCUCCAACACCGCCGCCAGCCCUGCCGCCGCCGCCGACACCACCCUCGCCGCCGGUAGCCCCGCCGCCGAUGCCCUCACCACCGCCUUCGGAUCCGCUGCCGCCGCCGCCUGGAGCGCCUCCAUCCCCGCCGCCCUACCGCCGCCUCUACAUCCACCACUACAGCCUCCAUCACCGCCGCCAGCCCUGCCGCCGCCGCCGACACCACCCUCGCCGCCGGUAGCCCCGCCGCCGAUGCCCUCACCGCCGCCUUCGGAUCCGCUGCCGCCGCCGCCUGAGGCGCCUCCAUCCCCGCCGCACCUACCGCCGCCUCUAUAUCCACCACUACAGCCUCCAUCACCGCCGCCAGCCCUGCCGCCGCCGCCGACACCACCCUCGCCGCCGGUAGCCCCGCCGCCGAUGCCCUCACCACCGCCUUCGGAUCCGCUGCCGCCGCCGCCUGGGGCGCCUCCAUCCCCGCCGCACCUACCGCCGCCUCUAUAUCCACCACUACAGCCUCCAUCACCGCCGCCAGCCCUGCCGCCGCCGCCGACACCACCCUCGCCGCCGGUAGCCCCGCCGCCGAUGCCCUCACCACCGCCUUCGGAUCCGCUGCCGCCGCCGCCUGGGGCGCCUCCAUCCCCGCCGCACCUACCGCCGCCUCUAUAUCCACCACUACAGCCUCCAUCACCGCCGCCAGCCCUGCCGCCGCCGCCGACACCACCCUCGCCGCCGUCGCUGCACCCACCAUUUUCCCAACCCAUGCCUCCAAGGCCAAGUUCAACGUCGCCGUCACCGCCGCUGCCGCCGCCGCCGCACCCCAUCCCUCCGCCAACCGUCAAGGCUCCAGCCCCGUCACCUGGGUCUGCGCCGCCGCCGCUGCCGCCGCCGUCAAGGCCACAGCCGGAUCCGCCGCCUGGGUUUCCCAUGAGUUUAGAUUUGGAUUACAACUAUCUGGUAGCUUCGGCACGCUUCAAGGGAGAUUCACCAUUCGCCAGCUGCACGGCAGCCGUACAAGACAGCCUCGUGCAGGCGCUGGCCGCGUUGGUCAAGUUGCCGACCCGCAAUGUCACCACGGCGUGUGCCUCCGAAACCACCACAAAUAGUGGCAGUGGCAGUAGCAGCAGCAGUAGCGCCAGCGGGCGGCGAAGGCGCCUCAACGACGCGGGUACGGACUGCGCGGGCUCGCGCGUUGCUGUCAACAUCACCUUCAAGAUUGACCCCGCGAGGCCGCUGGCAGCGUUCAAGGCGGCUGUGUUCAACGCCUUGUCCAACGCGGGUGUUGAGGGCGUGUGUCCGCUAGGUCUUAUGGACGGAGAAUGGGCGACCACUGGCAGCGUGACUCGGAACACCGGAUCCACUCCCGGUCCUGUCGACUGUCGAGCUGCCAUCGCAGCCGCGGGCGGCGGCGACGCCACCGCCGUACCUAGCUGCUCGCCAGUGCAGUACCAGGCGGGCGAGGCGAUGGCGCCGCCGCCGCUGGCUUCCCCCGCCACCGCCGCCGCCGCUGCCGCCAAAAAAGGGUUGCCAUUGAUGAUCCUUAUUGCUGCGGCUGUAGGCUGCAUGUUCCUCUGCGCGCUUUGCGUCCUCGCGGCUGUCGUAUAUCGGCGACGAAAGCGCAAGAAGCGCAACGAGGCCGCACAAGGUGCCGUACAGCCCGCCACUCAGGGCGCUGUCGUCGAACUAGAGCCCCAGGAGGGCCAGGACACGUGUACGAAUCCCGGCGUGGUGGCGAAGAAGGGCCUUAUGUCCUGUGACACCAGUACCGACACCAGUGCGGAAGAGCAGGACACCGCCGCGAUGUUGAGUACGACAAUGACCGGCAGCGGCAACACCAACACCAACACCAACACCAACACCAACGCCAACGCCUUUGAGCUUGCGGCACUAGAGGCUGCAUCGGCUGCUGCCGUACUCGGGAGGGCACCCGGCCGGACGAGUUCUUCCGAUGCAGGAGCCAGAACGACGUCAUCAUCGUACAGAAUGAGCUCCGAAACCGGCUGUGCCGUCGCCAGCGCCGCCGCCUUGCUAGGGGCAACGGUGACGGCGACGAACAAUCCGCGAAUCGCCAACCAGAUAAGUUUGGUUUCCGCCAGCGCAAUUAGCGUUACCGCCGGCGGUACCGUAAGGCCGUCGUCGCGCGGUGAGUUCGGCGGCAGUAGUGGUGCCGCCGCCGCUGCUACUGCCGCGGCGUUCCGUACGGAUCCGCUGAUGAGCAGCUCCCGUCGGGGCUCCGCCUCCGACCGCAGGACCGCGCAUAGACAACAACUACAGCCGCACCCACAGCCGCAGCUAACGGACGCACGGGAGGCCAUAGCCACCGCUUUGCAGCGGGGCGGCGGCGGUAACGACGCCGCCGGUGGCGGCGUCGGCGGCAGCUCGUUUUCGGCGUCCGCUCCAGCUCCUGCGGCAGCUGCCGUGGAUGUAGCAGCAGCAGCAGCUGGCACGGACAUCCCGGGAAGCUGCCCGCGGGAGGGGAAGUCUAGGAGGGCCUCGUUUUCAGAGAGGAGCGCCUCCGGAGGGGGUGUGGUUGUAGGAGGCGCCCAGGCGUUGAGAUCUCCCUCCGCCACCAGUCGUACAUCUCUGCUGGUGCGGAGUCCCGACCCGUGGGUCGAAGCUGCUCGGUCGAUGAGGACGUUGACCGUUAUCUUUGGCAGCAGUGGUGGCGGCGGCGGCGGCGGUGGCGGCGGCGCCGCCACGGAGGACAAGGUGGUCACGGCGGCGGUGGCGGCGGCGAUCCCAAGCAUCCCAACGGUUGUUGUGGCACCCGCUGUACAAGUACGGCAAACGCCUUCCAUGCGCAAGCAUAACCCAGUGUUCCAGAGGACCAAUCCGCCGUAUCUGUACGGCAACCGCCGCGAAGGUGACGACCGGCCCAGUGGCGGUGUGGCAGGCGUUGACCCCGGCGGCGAUGGCGAUGUGCCAACGCUUGAUACUUCCGCUGCUGCCGCCGCCGCCGCCGCCCCCCUAGGCGACGGCGGCGACGCCGUCACCCCAUCCACGUCUGGUGGUGCCGCUGGCGCCGCUGCCGCAUCCGCCUCCGCGCCCUCCACUGUUCUCUUCCGCAGCAACCCCGAAAUCCGAGUCGGCGCGGGAUCCAGGCCGGGAUCCAGAUCGGGUUCCGAAUCCAGACCAGGUUCAGGAAUCGGAUCUCGUUCCAGUGGAAUCCCUGCUACUGCUUCUGCUACUGCUACUGUUGCUUCCGCCACCACCGCAAGCCGACUGGGGCCGCGUGGGAGGACACACCUGGGCCUUAUCACCGCGCCAUCUGAUGUGGCAGCGGAGGUCGACGGGGCCGCGGACGCUGAGGUGGAGGGUGGGGCGGAGGGGGGGGGUGCUCCUGCGCUCAGCCAAUCCGUGCCGGCACGUCUUUGGAAGCGCCCCGGGACUGUGGGCGCAAGUCCAGUGUCUGGGUUGGAGUCCGCCGCCGCCGCCGCCGCUGCCGGCCCCGCGCCGUCACGGCAGCAAGCGGGUCGUCGGUCGGCUUUGUUCAACCGCCCGGAGGGGCGGGAGGUCGGCUGGGGCGCGGAGGAGCCGCCUCAGAGAGAAUCGCAGCCAUCGGAAGCGUCGUCGGCCGGGGGCAUCAUGCCACCAUCAAACACCCGCAACUUCUUGAGGCCGGGCAUGGGCGACCAUGGUGAUGGGCUGGAGGAUCCUGCCGCUACUGCUGCUGCUGCUGUCGGCGCCAGUGGUGGCGGCGGCGGCGGCUGGGGGGCCCAGAAGAACAGACAGCUCAUGUUUGCAUCCGGGGCCCCCGAGCCCCCAACCGUCAACUGCCAACUGCCAACUCACCUUCGUAAUACCUUUUGCCGCCAGGCUUCGGACGACGACCAUUGUGAGGAGGAUGGCCAGGCGGAACCUGCUCCGGAACCCAUAGCCCCCAGGAGCGCCAAGUCCACAACGCAGGCCGGCCACGUCAGUGUACGGCAGUUCAAGUUUGCCGACAUGCGGCGGGUGCACUCGUCCGAGAGUGUGGAUCUGGAAUCGGAUGACGAGGAAGACCUCCAAGAUCCUAGGCAGCCGCAGCAACAGGACGAGUCACGUGGUGGAGGCAGCGGCAGCCGGCACACCCUCGGCCGCCGCGGCCUGGCGGCGGCGGCGGCGGGCGGCGACGGUCAGAACGAGACAGUAUUGGGCCCCACUAGGUGCCCGGGGGUGAAGGAGAUAUUCAUCAGAAACGAGUUCGGACGUACAGAUGACGUACAGAUGUACGGUGCACUGACAAAGUAUGGAAAGGUAUGGAAACGCAGCGCAAGGAUGCGUAUUAUUAUUAAUGUUAUGAGGGUAACGAAGUGGCGCAGAGGCGUUGGAGGCUCUGCGGAAUUGCUUAUGGAGAAAUACUGUGGGUCGUAUCGUAUGUGUACGGGUGGGACGAAGAAGAAUAACAACAAGUAA